GCUGAGUGAAGUUAGCUUUUUUGAUGAUCCUGCAUCAGGUUGGAACAGGGUCGACUUGUCGUUUCCUUAUUUGACUCUUGGGCGUGUGAAAAAUGUCCAUAAUUGAGAAUCUUUCAGUGCUUCCCACUGACAUCAGGAUGGUGUUGGUAAGUAAAGAAGAGCCUCCUGAGCAGCAGGGGUGGUGCCCCAGUCUGGAUCAGGAGGACGCCAAGCCCUCACACAUUAAAGAGGAACAAGAGGAACUGUGGAUGCAGGAAGCAGAGCAGUUUCAAGGACAAGAGGAGGCUGAUAUCAAGUUUCCCUUCAGCCCUGUUCCUGUAAAGAAUGAAGAUGAUGAAGAGAAACCAACGUUUUUGCAGGAUCAUCACAUGAAAAAUGGACUGAUGGAAACAGGAACUGAUCGAGCGGACUGCAGAGGAUCAGAACAAGCCAGGAGCUUAGAUCCAGGAGGACAUUUCCUGCAUGAGAUUGAGGUCAUCAUUGAAGAUUGUUCUGAAUCUGAGGCUGAAGACUGUAACCCUGUGACUCACACAACAGUGCAUCAUUUAGGUUCAAACUCUGUGGAAACGGCUGGAGAUCAGGGACAAAAGACUGAUGGGAAAUGCCACAACUGUCCUCUGUGUGUUAAUCCAUUUAAGUGUUCCACGUGUGGGAAAAGUUUCAAGGUUAAAGUACAGCUGGAUAAACACAUGGCGGUCCAUAUGGUGAAGAAAACCUACAGUUGCUCAGAGUGUGGCAAAAGUUAUAAAUAUGCAAGUCUUCUUGAAGUUCAUAUGAGAACUCACACAGGAGAGAAACCAUUCAGCUGCCCUGAAUGUGACAAAAGAUUUAAACAUCAAAGUCACCUGACAAGACACUUGACAACACAUGUAGAAGAGAAACCAUUCAGCUGUCCUGAGUGUGGCAAAAGAUUUUUGCAUAUACAUAACCUGGAAGAUCAUGUCAGAAUGCACACAGGAGAGACACCCUUCAGUUGCGCGGAUUGUGGUAAAGGAUUUGGACGUAAACGUCAUCUGACGGAACAUUUGAGAUGUCACACAGGACAGAAACCCUUCAGUUGCUCUGAGUGUGGUAAAGAGUUUAUUCGUAAGGAAAACUUGGCCCAACACAUGUACGUUCACAAAGAAGACAAACAAUUUUGUUGCUCUGAGUGUGGAAAAAGAUUUGGCCUCAAAACACAUCUGAAACAACAUAUGAGAAUUCAUAUGGAAGAGACACCAUUAAGGUGUUCUGAGUGCGGAAAAGAGUUUUUACGCAAAGAAAGUCUCAACAAACACAUGUUAAUUCACAAACAAGUAAAACCUUUCAGCUGCUCUGAGUGUGGUAAAGGUUUUAAACAACAGAGUCAACUGACAGAUCAUUUGAGAGCUCACACAGGAGAGAAACCCUUUAGCUGCCCUGAGUGUGAUAAAAAAUUUGCCUUUAAAGUCGCUCUGAAAAUACAUUUGAUAACUCAUACAGAUGAGAAACCCUAUUGCUGUUCUGUGUGCCAUAAAAAAUAUAAACAUAGAGGAACUCUGGAUAAACACAUGUUAACUCAUACUGGAGAAAAACCUUAGCUUCAACUCUUGUGACAGAAGAUUCUCAGGGCGCUCUCAGUUAAGAGGUCUCAAGUGUGUUUGGGGUCAUGCUUUAGAGCAAUCAUAGAAACAGAGAAACUAUAAAGACCAACAGAAACAGGAGCUGAUGUUGAGGAUUGUGGAGGAUUAAAAGGUGCCAGGAAAUCAGAUUGAGAAAGACGUAACCAUAGAGGUUACCACAGAAAACUUCUUUGUACCUGAAACUGAAGACUUUUAUGAUGAUUACUGGAGUACAGAGACUGUCAGUUUUAUGUUGAGAGAUUGUGCUAUUCCAAUGAGAGUUAUGGAAAGUAAUACUGGUGAUCAAUCAGUAACCAUUUUAACUGCGUUACUUAAGCUGUCAUUUGAAAGUCACACAGGAGAAAAACAAUGAUCUUGCUAUUUUUGAAAUUAGACAUGUAUUGAUUAGUAGAUGUUUCUCACAAACUUUUGUUUUACUAUGCUAUUAAAGCACAGAUGUAAGAAAUACACCUAGAAAAUUACUUGUUGUAAAAAGUAAUCAUACUAAUUAUCGGAUUGCUCUGUUAGACAUAUACAGCACUUCCAUUAUAGUUCCAAUUAUUCAGAUGAACGGUUUUUAAUUUGCUCCAGUCAACAAUAUUUCAGAAAUGUAUGCAAAUUAGAAAAAGUAAGAUCAUGAUAUUUGUUGUCUCCAAAAUUAACCCUCUGACUGUUUCUUAAUGAAAUGGUGACAGAGCCUUUCAGAGCAGGUUCUGCUGAUGAAAAGUGGCUCUCUUAAUUGAUUACAUCAUUUUUUAUCAAUGUUUUUUUUCUUUUGUGGAUUGAAAGAUAAAGUCUUUUUUUUCUUUCUAUUUACUCAUUUUAUUCAGAAUAUUUAAGUUUAUUUUUUCCAACUUCCUAGAGAUCCAAAUGGGCCAUUUUAUGACCUUUGACCUGUUCUCUUAAAGCAUAUUGUAACUGUGGUGUAUGUUUGUAUUACUCUUAUUUCCACAAGUUAUAUCAUUUACAGAACUGAGGACAAUGAUCGAGUUAUUCUGAUUUCUUGAAAGUGGAGAUGGCUGUGCCUUUGGUGUUUGGGCUUUUUAGUUUUUAGGGGUCACCUCUGUUGGAUAUUUGUAGAAAUCUAAU